AUGAUAACGGGAGACAACAUCUUCAAUGUUAAGGCCAUCGCCAAGGACUGUGGGAUUCUCAAACCGGGGAAGGAUACCUGGAACGGAGCCAUUGUGGAAGGAGCUGAGUUCCGCAGCUACACGCCUGAGGAGAGGCUUCAGAGAGUUGAAAAAAUCCAAGUCAUGGUGAGAUCCUCCCCUUUUGAUAAGCUUCCCACGGUUCAGUGCCUGAAGCAGAAAGGCCACGCCGUCACCAUCACAGGGGACAGCAUGAACGAUGCACCGGCCCUCAAGGAAGCCAACAUUGGACUUUCCAUGGGGAUUUCCGGCAAUGAAGCAGCCAAGGAGUGCUCCGAUAUCCUUACGGCGCUCACCUCAGCUCUAGCAAUUACCAUGGUAGCUGCACUUUCAUCAGGCAGCUUACCGCUAACAGCAGUCCAGUUAUUAUGGCAUCCUGUGGCUGGGGAUGAUCCACUUGUAACCAACAUUAUGUGGAGAAACCUGGUAGCUCAAGCAUCAUACGAGGUGACAGUCCUUUUGAUACUGCAGUUCAAGGGGGAACUUCUCUACGUGAAUCAACAGGUCAAGAACGCAUCGAUCUUUAAUGCUCUCAUCCUCUGUCAAGUUUUCAACCUAUUCAAUUGCAGGAAGCUUGAAGAGAUCACGUCUUCGAGGGGACGUUCAGAUGCGACAAAUGGGUUUGGGCUGCUUCAGGAGGGAUAG